AUGCCACAGCAACAGGGAAUGUGGUGGGAGGGACAGGAGAAAUGGGAAAAGAGUGAGAAAGGAUCUCUGCCUUGGGUGGGGAAUGGGGUAAUGUGGAGAAGGGAGAGGAGACCCCAAAGACUAUGCUGUCGGGGUUUAGGAGAAUCUACGAUCUCUACGGGAGCCAAGUUUCAUUUCAAAGUCAGUCCUCUUUUUCCCUCCUCCCCUCCAGGCAAAAUGAAGCUGACUCUGGUGCAGAUCCUUUUCAUAAUGUUGCUGCUCCUGCUGGGCCUGGGGAUAGGCUUGGGGUUGGGACUUCAGAUGGCCGCAGCAGUCCUGGAGGAAAGUGAUCAGCUACUGAAUGAGUUUCAGUCCAGUGACUCACAGGACAAGGCUGGAGCCACUAGGGAGGGAGCGGGCACCCGAAGCAUAGAAACCCUUAGCAACAAAGAAGUGGUGCAACUGGAAGAGACCAUUGUCAGUGAAGAUGAAGUUGGAGGAAACAAGAUGCUCAGAGCUGAGGCUCUCUUUCAGAGCAACAAAGACUAUCUCAGGUCUGACCUGAUGGACAGGGAAUGCAAUGCCCUGAUGGCACAGAAGGUGAAGCCGCACAACCACACAUGCACACCCCGGUACAUAUUCAUCCAUGAGGAACUAGAGGCAGUCAAAGCUGUCUGUAAGAGUCCUGUUGUUGCCUGUGACCUCAAGGGAGGCAAGUGUCACAAAAGCUCCCGUCCUUUUGAUUUGACAUUCUGCAAGUUAUCCAAACCAGGCCAAGUCACUCCUCACUGUAAUUACGUAACUUUCAUUCUUGAAAAGUACAUUUUUAUAUCCUGUAGUGACAUGAAAGUCCAGCUAACAUCUGGACCAUGA